AGCUUGUACUGUUAAGCUAACCUUUAGCUUGUACAUUUCUCUGUUUGUCUCGUGUUUAGCUAAUGUAGGUUUUUAUUUCAGCAUCUGUUUUAUGUUGGCUAACCAUACACUCUAGUUUUGUACCUUUUAUUAGCAGAGCAUAUAUCGCCCGCUGUUUUUCGUUUGCAAAUAGAUGAGCGACCCCUGGGUGUGGACCACUCAGAGUGAAUUAUGGGAUGUUGACGUCUUAGGUUGGUGUGUGUUCUCACGGGAUCACCUGUGUCAACGUGAGCUCAGCUAAAGAUCAUCAUCAUGUGUUCAUACGUCACCAAAAACAUUAUUAAUCACAUCACUGAUCAAUCAAUCAUCAAAUACUUUGACUUUGACGUGGACCUUGUCUUUUUAGUUUUAGUUUUAGUUUUUUUCUGAAGGUGCUUCCUGCUGCAGACGUCGCCUUUAACAAACAUUUGUUCUGGGGGCGACAGAUGUUUUUUCACUGAGUCUCUCCACAGUGGAGGCCCCUCCCUCUGGUCUGUAUAAAACCAAGGACCCCGACCCAGAGGUCACCUGGUCUGAACCAGAGCUUGGACACAGAAGAUGAGUCUCCUGUCCUCAGCUGUUCUAGUCGUCCUGCUGGGACUGUCAGUCCACAGUGAGGCGCCGACUUCACCCAAAGACGAAGCUCCGCAACUGGACAUGACUUCAAGAAUCCUGGAGGCAAAUCGACGAGUCACUCACAUUCUGGUGGAAGGUGACGUGGUCGUGUCAAAGAAAAGGAACGCCCUCAAGUGUUGGAGCCGGUACUGCACGUGGAAGAAGUCUUUAAACGGACUGGUGGAAGUACCCUACAGCAUCAGCGAUUAUUACUAUGAUGAAGAAAAAGUUUUGAUCCAAAAAGCCAUGGAAACGUUCCACCAGAAAACCUGUGUCCGUUUUGUUCCUUAUCGUGGUCAGUCCGACCACCUGAGCAUUCAGAGUGAAAUGGGAUGCUGGUCCUCCAUUGGCAGAGACGGGGGUGCGCAGGUGGUGUCUCUGUCUGUCUAUGGUUGUCUGGAUCAUGGAACCAUUCAGCACGAGCUGCUCCACGCUCUGGGCUUCCACCAUGAACAUACCAGGAGCGACAGGGACCAGUACGUCAGGAUCAACUGGGAGAACCUUCCUGCUGUAAACGCACAUGACUUCCACAAAAAGGACACCAACAACCUGGACACGCCCUACGACUACUCCUCCAUCAUGCACUAUGGAAGGACGGCUUUUUCCUCAGCUCUGGGGGCAGAGACCAUCACCCCCAUCCCUGAUUCCUCUGUUCCCACCGGGCAGAGAGAGGACAUGUCUGACCUGGAUGUUCUCAGAGUCAACAGAUUAUAUGGAUGCAGUUGGUAAACCUGGGAUCCAGACCCCCUGGGUGGGCCGCACCUUUGAUGAGUGGAGUUUUAAUGUAUGUUGUGACAAAUAAUAACAUGAUUUAAUAAACAUUUGAAUAGUGAAGUGUGUAAAAGAAACUGCAAAUAAAUGUCAUUGUCA